CAUUUCAAGAUUUGCAAGCAACGCGCCGUCAACUCAAAAAUCGUUUGCCCCUUUUUUGCGGAUAAGUUUGGCAAUUAGCUGGCUGAGUUUGUGUGCAUCCCUGUGUCCGUGUGUGCAGCAAUUGCAGCAACAAUUGCAGUUAACCGAGAAAACCGAAAAGCCAACCAAAAUCGAAAAAAUCAACUGUAAAAAGCGUUCGUGAAGAAAUAAAAGUGAAGCCGGUUUGAAAAAAUUACGCAAAUAAAAAAAAAAGGAAAAACGGAGACAACCAAAUUGCCGCCUGGACUGUAUUCGUGUGUUAAAUCAAGUCACACGAAAAUAGUCAAAAUAGAAAGAGUCCAGUAAUCAAUUGAAACGAGUUUGCAUCGGCCCAUUGUGCAGAGAAAAAGCCAGCCCGAAAAUGCAAUUGCUUUGCAUCUCGCUAACCAUUUUGGCCGCCUUGGCACUCGGAAGUGGCUAUGCGGCCACCCUGCCAACCUCCGCACCCAGUGUUUUCAGCAGCGAUCCCAAUCCAAAUCCAAAUUCCAAUCCGAGCGCGGAGUUCGCGGCGGGAUCUCCAAGCUUUUCCGACAGCGAUUUGGCUUUGCCAGCCGGAUCAAUCGAUUUCGGCGCCGCAGUUGCCCCAUCGCCGGUUGUCUUGACCAGUGGCUCGAAUGAGGUGACACCCUGUAGUCUCAGUUCGUCGGAUCUCAACGAAUGCAUACGCGGCUUGAUUCAGACAUUUGCCGGCAGGUUGAGGAACCAGGGAGUGCCGGAGUACAAUAUGGACUCCAUUGAUCCGUACUUCUACAAGAGGGGCAUCUUCCGGUACACCAACGACGGCAUCCAGGGAGGACUCCUCAUCAAGAACAUGGAGAUCUAUGGCAUCAGUCAUUUGCAGGUCAACACGGUGGCUGCCAAUUUCACGGAGAAUGGCUUUGUAAUCAAGCUGGGCGUUGAACUGCCACAACUGAAGGCUGGAGGACACUUCAAGGCGGACGUGAAGUUCGGAGGACUGCGACUGGUGCCCAAGGGACCCUUCAACAUCACCAUAGACAACAUCAAGGCCACCAUUCUGACCGAUGGCCACAUCGAACAGCUGCCCAGUGGUCAGCAGCGUCUCAGCUUACAUCGCCUGAAUGCCAAUGUCAAUAUCGGCGAUGCCAAGGUGGUGGCCAAUGGCAUUUUCUCCGAUCGCAACCUGAAUGCCAUGAUUCUGAAUCUGGUCAAUGAGAACCUGCCGGAAAUCACACGAGUCGGCAUUCCCGCCACCCGCGAACAAUGGGCUCCCAUUCUGAUCGCCCACAUCAACGAGUUCUUCGCCAAGGUUCCCAUCGAGAAAUUCCUGGUUCAAUGAUGCACUAAACCUAUUCUCAAGGAACACUUAGCUCCUAGUUAGUUUUAGCCUAAUGUCUACAAUUACAAUUUUAACUUAAGCGCUGUUUCCAAAUAAUUUUCUACGCACAAACGAUUUGGCAAUCAUUUGAAAUGAUUUUAAACAUAACCAAUUUGUAUUUAUUUAUGUCAUACUUUCGGAACAAAAUGAAAAGCUGUGUGAAAAAUUCAAAAUAAAUGGUAUUUUCAAAAAUGUA